AAGGAGAGUCAACUCGAGUCAUCUCGAGUCAUCUCAACUGUUCGAUAUUCCCUUCCCCCCCCCCAGUGUAUGCCAAUCGUUGAGAAUGUUCAUGACCGCGUAAUCCAUCCUUAAUCAUGCACAAUGAGCAAGCGUCCGUACGACGACUCUCGGGCGCCCGCCGGCUCUCCGCCCUCGGAGCAUAUCAGUCGCGACUCACCACCACCACCAGCGACCACCAGUCUGUUGCCCAUUCCCGAUGCUCAGUCUUCCGCGGGAUCGGCUAAGAAACCGCGGACCUUUAUCGCGACUGUGGCCUGCGAAACCUGUCGUCUCAAGAAGACCCGAUGCGAUGAAUCGCGCCCCAAGUGCGGGCUCUGUAAAGCCCUGGGGUUGGAGUGUGUCUAUAAUGAGCGGAAGACGUCCAAACGAGACCACUCACUCACUUUGAUUAUGAGUACGCUCCAUCGACUGGAAACCAAACUGGAGAAUCUUCCUCGCAAUGUCCGGAAUGAAAUCCAGUCUCUCCAGGACCCUGUGAGUCGCGCCCCCCUGCCCAGCAACCCGCAGCUGUCCACGGGCACGCCGCUCUCAGUAGAACCGGAGGAGGAGGAGGCCUUUGAAUUGGACGAGCGGCCCAAUGCCGUCAAUGCGGACGGCCAGGUGUCGAUUUCCUUCAGCCAGCACGGCGUCGUGCUCUGGCCCGGAGCCCGCGAGAUCCUCCCCAAGCGACUGCUCGAAGCGCACGAAAAGCUGGGCCAAAACUACGUGAUUGACAUGGAAAUGAACCGGCCUCCGCUGCCCAUGUACAUCUAUCCGUUUCCGCCACAGGCCGGCGGCGACGACUGGCUGGAGAUGUUGCCGCUGGCCAUGAUCAAAGGGCUGUCGAAUGCCUUCUUUGCCACCUUCAACCCGUUCACGCCCAUCCUGGACAAGAAUUUCUAUUUUGCCCUGACGCUGGGCGCCGUCAUGGAGAGUGGCUUCGGCUACACCAUGGAUAGCUGUCUCGUGCUGAGCAUCCUGGCCCUGGGCUGUCUGGCCGUGCAUGCCCACCAGGAAGGGGACUAUCCGCUGCCCGGCACAACGACGCAGACCGGCCGCUUUGAGCCUCCAGACUGGAUGCCCGUCGUGCAAGAGGAUCCGCCGGGCCUGCGCUUUUUCAACGAGGCCCGCCGCCGCAUCGGCUUCUUGAUGUGUGACAAUGAUCUCCAGAGCUGCCAGUUCUACCUGUUAUCCUCCGUGUAUUACAGUCAGAUCCUGCGUCCAAUGGAUUCGUGGGCCAUGAUUCAUCGCGCAGCCACCGGCUGUCUUUCGAUCUUGACCAACCACGACGUCAACUUUGAAUCCUGGGAAGGCGAUAUGAAAUCCCGCGUCUACUGGACCUGUCUCAUGAACGAGACCAUUCUCGUGCAGGAGCUGCACUUGCCCCCGAGUGGUCUGGCCCGGUUCGAGGAAAUCGUCCCUCUCCCCAAGUUCAUCAUCGGCCUCGAAACCCUGGGCCGAUUCUCCUCGCCCGACGACGACAUCGACGACUCCUUCUUCCAGUAUCACUUCCUGGCCCAGGUCGCCCACCGCAUCAUCCUCACGCGCAUCCGACACUCGCUCUACUUCUACUCCGAUUCCGGCACCUUCCCCUUACCCGCCAUCAACGCCGAACUGCAUCACCAACUCGCCCAAUGGCGCCUGAACCUCCCGCCGGCCCUGAAAUUCCGAUCUCCAUCUCCAUCCCCGUCCCCGUCCCCGUCCCUGUCUUCGCCCGCGCCCUCUCCCAUGCCUAUAUCCCCCCAUCCAAUCAACCCCAGCACCGCUCCUCCUCCUCCUCCUCCUCCUCCCCCACGACGCCCGCUCUCGCCCGCCGUCGCCGUCUCCGAAGCCAUGCUCCGCGGCCGACUCCUGAUCGCCAAGUUCCACAUCAGCCGUCCCUACCUGUACAAAGCCCUCCGCAUCCCGCACGCCCUGAGCGACGACGACAUCGCCCAGAUCCGCAGCGGCCUGCACAAUGCAAUGGACUGGCCUGUGAUCGGGGGGAUCUUCACCACCAUGAAGAGCUGCAUCCCGAUUAAAUUUGCGUUUUGUUCUCAAUUCUUCGGCCAGAUCCUGCUCUUCUACUGUAUUGCGCAUUCCCCCGAGCCGCGCCUGCGGAAUACCCUGCCCGUAGGCUGGGAGCGCUGGAAUCAGGAGAUGAUGCGGUUUCUGGAGGACUGUGCGCCGUAUAGUCCGGCGGUGGCGAAGGAUCUGGAGUUGCUGCUGCUGCUGUUGUAGUUUGUAUUUUGAUUUUUAUUUUUAUGGUUAGUUGGUUGGUUGGUUGGAGUUUGGAGUUGUAUCUGGUUCUAUGUGUGCAAUGUAUGAUGGAAUAAUACAAUAGCAAAACCGCUUUUAUUAGAACAGGCUAUAUAUAU